AAAUUAAAACGCUUAAAGCGCAAUCACCACGAAAUCGGGCCAAAAAGAUAAGCAGUCUUGUUCCUAAUUUAUUCUCAUUUAAUUACAAUCAUCUAAGAAAAUAUUAAACAUACAUAUAUGGCUUCUACAAAGCCAUAUGUAGAAGUCGUUGCGUUUAUACAUUUUAUUUUGGUAGUUACAGUUGGCAGCCUUAAGAAGUGAUACAAGCGAAAAAUAAAUAGAGCUGUUGUUGGUUGUUUAAUGAAGGAGGGAAAAGGGCUAUAAAACUUGAACAUUUACAUUUCCUCUCUGAUAUUUUGGUCAUAGUCGAUUAAAUUUAUAUUUAUUGACUAAUGGCGAGCACGCUGGUAAGUUAGAAAUCACGCUUCCCGGCUACAAUGCAAUUGCUCACGUUAGCAUGCUAGUGUUAGCACGUGUCUAAAGAGCAACUCUUAGAAUAAACAUUUCACAUGUUUUAGUUUUCCGUCUUGAUCGGCCAUGAUCCUCAAUCACGAUUUAACAUGUGAUUCUCUCACCAGGAUUUCAGGACUCAUGUUGACCAGUCCUGCCGAUAUUCAGAAGAAUUUGUCAACAUUUACUAUGACUGCAUGGAUAAGAAAAGGAGGGUAAGUGAUGCUCAUGUUUUGUUCUCCCACAUACACCCACUAGACUAAAAAUUAUAAACACCUGAGAAAGAAGUUUAAUACAAUAGGUCUAUCUUUCAGGAAGUUUCUAAAUAAUGAGUUUUUGUAAACAUGAUCAUUCCUAAUCCUUAUUAUUGAAGAUGUUGUCAGUAGAGGUGUGUAUUAAACUGAAAGUGUUCCCUAUAUUUUGUUCCCAUAUUCGCGUUUCUGUAUUUUAUUGCAUCAGGGUCUCAGUGAAUGAACCGCCAAAUAGCAGGAAACUAGGUGUCUCUGUUACCCACAAGAGGGCAGUGUCACCUUUGUUCUUCCUUUGAAAAUGCCCCACCCAACAUGCUGUGUUACAUAAUCCUAAGGCAUCCUUAUUGAGUUUUUUUCCGUUCAAGAUUGUUCUGACUAUUCUUUCCUCAAUGUGGUUUGAAAUGUCUUCUCAUGGCAGACUUCAGUAUAGAUGAAUUAUCAAUUUCACUAUCAGAGUUCCACAAAAAAAAAAAAAAAAAAAAACUUAAAAUUUUUUAUUUGUACAUAAUUUUUCACCCCACACCACCAUGCUAUGGAACAAUAAAUACAUUCUACACCGAAAUAAAUCAUUAUACUAUCAAGAUUAGACUGAGAGAAAUAUAUGGUCAGUUAUUGACUUAGUGGAUAUCAGUGGUAAUCUUUUGAGCAAUCAAGAUUUUUGCCUUAAACAUAACUUUAAUCGUUCUAAAUCAGACUUUACCAAACCCCAUAAAGCACUCCCCAAGUAAUUCUUAUUUUUAACAAAAAAUAUAUUGGCCCACUAACAGAUAAAACCACAAAUAGGAUCAUUAGCAAUAAAAGGAGUGCUUAAAAAAUGUAAUAAUUAUUUCAUAAGAAGCUGCCUCAUGGAAAAGUUAUUCCCUGGUAGACAAAACAAAAAUGACGUAUUACAUAAAUUUGAUUCAGAAUCAACCAACACACUACGAACAAUGUUUCUAAAACUCCUGAUACCCCUCAAAACAAAAGAAACCCACUUUAAAAGUAUGAACAUCUUUCCCUUAAAGGAACUACUCAGACAGCGAUUUAAUUUAGAAGACAACAUGUGCACUUUUUUUUAAAACUGAUAACUGAUACUGAAACAACAGACCAUAUAUUUUUCUCAUGUAACAUAACACAUUCUGGAUUAAUAUUCACAAAUGGAUUAAACAAAAAAUUACAGUAUCUCCACAAUGUAUUUCUUUAGAUAAUGUUACUUUUGGAAUGAUACUACCAAAUAAAAAUGAUGAACUCUGUUGCAAUGUAUUUCAUCCAUAAGAAUAAAGUUAGAUCAUCCCCCAGAUUUAUUUUUUUUCAUAAACGAAUUUAAAAUGUAUUUGAAAGCUCUUAAAUCGUGAACUGGUUUGAAGGAACAAAAGUUACAUAUCUCAAAGAAUUUUCCCACUGAUAUGAACAGCUAAAAAUGUUUUAAAAAAAGAAAGAAAACUCUUGUAAAGUUUUGCAUAGCGUAAAUUAUUUUAUUUAUUUUAAGUUACUUUUAUGUUUCUGUUUGCUCGUUGUUUUUCACUAUCUACUUUAUUUUAUUGCCCUACUGUUUUUUUUUCCUGUCUUAACAUGCAUUGUCUCUUUCCCAUAUUGUAAAGUAUUUCUCACUGAUAUGUUAUUUCAAUAUUGAAAUUACUGUAUGGAACUGAUUCUGCUAUGUUUGGAAUUGUAAUUUUGUUAACUCUGAAUAAAGCAUUUAAAAAAUAUAUAUAUAUUCUUUCUCAAUAUAUAUUUUUUUCUAUCAUACCCACACUAGUGUAGAAAUACAAAUGCACAAGUUUUUGUAUUCUUUCUCUUGUUUUAUGUCAUCACUGUUGUGUUUAUGUCCCAUCACUUUGUCCUGUGUUUUAGAACUUGACGCGGCUCUACCUGGACAAGGCGACCCUGGUGUGGAAUGGGAAUGCAGUAUCAGGACAGGAUGCUCUGGGCGAGUUUUUCGAGGCGUUACCUUCAAGCGAGUUCCAAGUUCAAACUCUGGAUUGUCAGCCGGUUCAUGGUAAGUGGGAAACUUUCAAAGUUAAUAUGUAUUAAAGUGCUGUGGUGAUUUCCAAAUGCAUUUCCAAGCAUGAAGAACUGUGUAAAUGUAAUGGGGUGCACAGAGUGCCGUCCAUUCAAGAUGAUUAAGGUGUGAAACUGUCUAAGUGAGGCCUUUCAUGUUAAAAUAGUGUUCUGUGUAAGGGAAUGCUAAUGUAGCAUCAAUUGACCCUUUCUGUAUUUUCAGAACAAGCAACCCAAGGCCAGACAACUCUCCUCGUGGUGACUGGUGGGACAGUCAAGUUCGAAGGGAACAAGCCACGCUUUUUCAAUCAGAACUUUCUUUUGACAGCUCAGGCUUCACCCAACAAUGACCAGCCUGUUUGGAAGAUUGCAAGUGACUGUUUCCGAUUUCAAGACUGGAACAGCUGACGCUUUCCUCAUCUGCACUGAUCAAAUGGGUGAACACUCUCUGUGACAACCCAAAGUUUUGUUUGUUUGUUUCUGUUUUUAUAAUAAAAAUCAAAAGUCAUACAACGCUGAAUAUGAAAAAACUUUUAUUCCUAAAAUGUUGAACAAGGCAAGUGACCAUAAAGAUGGAGUAAUAAAUACAAAUAGGAUCACAAAACAACCAGCUGUAAAGUGAAUGUCAACGUCUGCUUCCUUUAGUUUAAUGAUGCAAAUCCAUUCAAUAUGACAACACCUGAAAAAUAUACAUAGAAAACACUCCUAUAAUAUUAAAUUGAACAGACUUAGUUUUAGACAACCUUAUUCCAAAUUGUACAUUAACUCUUAACUGAGGUAUUACAGUAUGCCAGUUUUAACUAGCCUAUGCUAAUGAGCAUUGUAGUAGCAAAGCAUGCUUGCUCUUAAAUAAGGUGCCCACAAGACUUUAAAUUGGAAGUGCUUUCUAUAUAAUCCUGCUAUUUGACAAUUUCAUAUAUUAAAACAUUUGCUUAUCUUCCUGAGUUGUUGAUGUUGCACAUUUUGGUCUUAUUUUCGGAGAAAAAAAUGACAAAACAACAAAAGCAUAAAUAAUAUGACUGGAAAAUAAUGAGUAGAUAAGCAGACAUGAUCAUCAAGAAUAUUUUUCUGUAUUUGAACCACAUCAAUAUUUCUCAUGGGCAGUUUUUACCUGAAGCUGUAAACUUUACAUGACUGUUAAGCCAUUUCUGUGACAAAAACGUAAACUAUUUCCUUAAACCUAGUUGCCACUUAUUUCUGCUCCACUACAUAGGUACUGCAGACUGAAGGCACAGUAACAUUAGGACUUCAACUUUACAAAAGAGCAUUCACAAGCCUCCGUGAUCACUAUAGAUGUUAGCCUUUUUAAUGGAAGUAACACUAAAGCUUUAGCAACAUAUGGAGGAUAGUGGUACUUUUUUUUAACAACUACAAACUAAGAGCCAACAGACUCAAAUGGAUGGCAGUCAAGUGCUGUAAUGGUCUUGGACCCUUUAAUGAUCUAAAAGUUUCCCCUCUUCGACAAUCAAACCCACACUAGAGAAAAAGAAGCAGCACAUGUGGAUGAACAGCUACAUCUAUCUACAGCUUCAGCUCUCUUAUUCAAGACAUUUUUCAUUUGGACGCUUGUGGUACACAAACAGCAUAAAAAUCCAACAAGGUACCAGAAGACUAUUUACAGAUCAAUACAGUGGUUUGGUGGUAACAGACACUCCUGGGUGAAAUUGGUGGCGAUUUAUUUCCCCCCAUACAUUCUCUCUAUGUGGUGGAGAUAGUGGUUCUUCAGCUCUUUCCUCUUCAGCUUGAACGCAUCCGUGACAAGACCUGUCUCAGGGGUCCAUGGCUCUGGACUCAGGUGAACCUUCAUUGGAAUCUCAAAUCGCUGGAGUUUUACUAUUUGGGUUAAAAACAGAGGAAAAUAAUGAUGAUGCUUUUCCAUAUUUAUCACAGUCUAAUACAAUAAGCCAUUUGUUAUCUCCUACCAAAGUAGCGGUAAAUAACAUACUGUGCAAAAAUUGUAUGAGUAAAAAUUAGCAUGUAAGUAAAGAAGUAUGGCAUAUCA